GCUGCAGCUGCGGGGCGUGGGGGCGGCGGCUUCGGAGGCCAAGGCGGCGGUGGUGGCCCUGGCGGAGGCACCGGCACCUCGGCUGGAGAAGGCGCUCGGCCGGGACCCCGCAGAAGGCCCCAUGGAGGUGGUGGCGGGCGGAGGCUGCGGCGCGGGACCGCCCUUGCUGCUGAGCGAUAGCGAGCAGCAGUGCUACUCUGAGCUCUUUGCGCGCUGUGCAGGGGCUGCAAGCGGGGGCCCCGGACCUGGGCUCCCCGAGGCUACUAGGGUCGCCCCCGGCACUACCACUGCGGCCGCGGGUCCGGUGGCCGAUCUUUUCCGAGCGUCGCAGCUGCCACCCGAGACAUUGCACCAGAUCACAGAACUGUGUGGUGCAAAGCGGAUUGGUUAUUUUGGUCCAACACAGUUUUAUGUUGCCCUGAAAUUGAUUGCUGCAGCACAGUCUGGCCUUCCUGUGCGGACAGAGAGUAUUAAAUGUGAACUGCCUCUGCCUCGCUUCGUGAUGUCCAAGAGUGAUGGUGAGAUACGGUUUGGGAACCCAGCUGAGCUGCAUGGAACAAAGGUUCAGAUUCCAUACUUAACCACAGAAAAAAAUUCCUUCAAAAGAAUGGACGAUGAGGAUAAACAGCAGGAAACACAGUCUCCCACGAUGUCACCCCUCGCCUCCCCUCCUUCUUCCCCGCCUCAUUACCAGAGGGUGUCCUUGAGCCAUGGCUACAGCAAACUGCGGAGCGGCACAGAACAGAUGCAUCCAGCUCCUUAUGAAACUAGGCAGCCCAUUGGCCAGCCUGAAGGACCCUCAUCAGAGGGUCCUGGAGCCAAACCCCUUCGUCGUCAGGCAUCUCUUAUUCGGUCCUUUUCAGUGGAGCGAGAACUGCAGGAUAACAACAGUAAUUACCCAGAUGAGCCCUGGAGGAUAACGGAAGAACAGCGGGAGUACUAUGUCAAUCAGUUUCGGUCCCUCCAGCCAGACCCGAGUUCCUUUAUUUCAGGGUCUGUGGCCAAGAACUUCUUCACCAAAUCAAAGCUCUCCAUUCCAGAACUUUCUUAUAUCUGGGAACUCAGUGAUGCUGACUGUGAUGGAGCCCUGACCUUGCCUGAGUUUUGUGCUGCAUUUCAUCUUAUUGUAGCACGGAAGAACGGCUACCCGCUACCAGAGGGCCUGCCUCCAACUCUGCAGCCAGAGUACCUGCAAGCAGCCUUUCCUAAAUCCAAGUGGGAGUGUGCAAUAUUUGAUUCUUAUUCUGAGCCAAUGCCAGCAAGCCAACAACCCUGUGACUUGAAUCGGAUGGAGAAGACAUCUGUUAAAGACAUGGCUGACUUUCCUGUCCCUACCCAAGAUGUGACUACUGGUGAUGACAAACAAGCUUUGAAAAGUACUGUUAACGAUUCCUUACAAAAGGACAUAUCUGAAGAUACAGCAACUUCUAAGGACUACAACAGUCUCAAAGCAAGACCAAGAUCCAGAUCUUACUCUAGCACAUCCAUAGAAGAGGCCAUGAAAAGGGGUGAGGACCCUCCCACCCCACCACCAAGGCCACAGAAAACCCAUUCCAGAGCCUCCUCCUUGGAUCUGAAUAAAGUCUUCCAGCCCAGCACGCCAGGUCACAGCAGAGACGGCACUGUCUCAGAUGGCAUUUGGGGAGCUGCAAGGGCCUUUCCACUGACGUAUGGAGGUACUAACUCAGGAUUGUUACCUCCACCACCGGCACUUCCUCCAAGACCAUGCCCAACACAGUCUGAACCAGUGUCUGAAGCUGACUUACACCCUCAGCUAAGCAGAGCUCCUUCCCAAGCUACAGAAGGCAGUCCAGCAAAGAAGGAUGUGCCACAUGCUCAACCUCCAUCAAAACCUAUUCGCAGGAAAUUCAGACCUGAGAACCAAACUACUGAAAACCAAGAGCCUGCUGCUCCAGUUGGAGGGGCAGCUUCUGCAGCAAUGGUGAAACCCCAACCAACAGUACAGAAGCAGUCUUCCAAACAGAAGAAGGCCAUUCAGACUGCCAUUCGCAAAAAUAAAGAAGCCAACGCAGUGCUGGCCCGCUUAAACAGUGAGCUUCAGCAACAGCUGAAGGAGGUUCAUCAAGAACGGAUUGCGUUGGAAAACCAAUUGGAACAACUUCGUCCAGUCACAGUGUUGUGACAUUUCCAAGGCUCGAGUGACAGUGGGUGACUUUGUCUGCCAAGAUCUUUCUUUUGAGUGCUUGAGCCCAACUACUUGUCAUAGAUGUCUCAAUGUCAAAAGCUGUGAGCAGCACAACAUAAUCUGUAUGACUUUCUCUUUUGCAGUUCACAUGAAUUUUACAGUGGUGGUAAAAUGUCUUCAACUAAUUAUUGCACUUAAAAUCUUAAGUAUCAGCUACCUGGGAGCUGAAACAGGAGGGCCACAAGCUCAAAACCAUCUUGAGAAGCUUAUUGAGACACUCUCUCAAAUAAAAAGUAAAAAGAGAGCUAGGGAUAUAGUGCAGUGAUUGAAUGUUUGCCAGAUGGGCAGAAAGACUCCAGUUUAAUCCAAAUAUCAUUUAAAAAUUAUACUUAUUAAUGGGAUUUAUCUUGCAUUUAACCACUUUUCGAUAUUGCUCCUUAUUAAAGUUAGUCUUCUAGCAGAUAAUUCAAAGUAUUAUUUAUUUUAAAAAUUUAUAAUUUUUAUAGAACCUAUUAAUGAAGUACUACCAGGAUGCUCAUUUUAUUCUUGUAUGUGUGUUACACACAGUAGGUUGGCUUCCUGAAUAGUGUGGAUUCAAGCUGGAUAGUCUUGGCAUGAUGAUAAUAAAAACAAAAGCUGAAAUACAAUUAAAGCAUCAGAUUUACCCGGGCAUAGUGUCCUCUACCACUAUAUGCUAAAAACUGCUUCUCUAGUACCAUUUUGAUAUUGUAUCAGCUAUAAGUAAUACAUGAUUAUUGUUUUCUAUUAAAUAUGAGAAUUGUAUUGGGUCUUUACACCUCCAUGAAAUAGAGAAUUUGGCAAUGGACUGUUUAAUGUGUCCAAUCUAGGCCAUCAACCUAGAUAACUUAGUCCUUUUCAUGUAAACUUUUGGGCAAGCACAAUCUACUUUAACAAUCUACUUUAAAUACUUGCCAGAUCCCUACUUUUAUCCUGCAUGGGAUAGCAUCUCUGUAAAUGCAUGAACUUGGAAGCCACCCAUCAAAUAUGAGUAGCUGGAUUGCUACCUAUUUGUUGUUGCACCCAGUUACCCAGGCUAAGAAGGGAAGGGAAAUAGCUACCAACUCUCCAACAAUUCCUGGUUGUUAUUGUUGCCAUUGUCUUUAUUUCAGCCUGGAUUUCAAAUGUGUGGGGUCUGAAGACAAUGAAAGAAUGUAAUCUUCUCACCAGCUAUAUGACUACUUGUUCUUUGUAAAGCGUGCUUUUGGGAGGGAUUGGCUUUAUAUACAGUUCAGGAGAGCUCAGGUAAUUCUAGUGGA